UUCCUUUUUAUUGAUUUUCGUGAGUGUGUAAUUGGGGAUUGAAACUUUUGAUUUGACUUAGUCGCAGUUUACGAUUUUAGGGUUUCCAGUUGAAUAAAUAUUUGGUCUUUGCUAAUUGUGUUUGAUGAAAUUGUGUUCUUGGUUUUCUUUUGUUGUUAGUUUUGUGAUUCUUUUCUUCUUAACUAUUGGUUCUGUGUUGAUUUUAAUAACAUUUUUUUUAAUACUUGGGAUUGGAGAUUGGGUUUCUUAGAAAAUUUCGGUUUGGUUUGGUUUGUUUGUUUGUUUUUAAUACUGAAUUCAAAGCGGUGUUGUUUGGUUUGGACCGAAUAGUAAUAGGGUAUGAUUUGGUUUGGUUUGAAAAACCCCAAACUGAAUUAACACGGUUUGGUUUCUGUUUGGACUAUAAACCGAAAUCAAAUUAUAAAUCGAACUUUCACUCUUAAUUAUGGAUACUUCAAAUGUAAUCACUCCUAAUUACGAAAAGUGUAACUUUUACGGUAAUAAUGGGUAAAACCCAAUUGAUUUGCGUAACAAACUUGUGAAUUGUGAUUCAUUAAUGGUAAUUCUUUAAUUGUUUAUUCCUUUCUCAAAUUAGACUAAUGAUUUGAUGUAUAUUUGUAUUUUUUUUUUCUUUCUUUUAAUUUUCGUGAGUAUAAUUGGGGAUUGAAACUUUUUGUUCGACUUAGUCCCAAUUUACGAUUUUAGGGUUUUCAGUUGCAUGGAUCUUUGGUCUUUGCUAUUAAUUGUGUUUGAUGAAAUUGUGUUCUUGGAUUUUCUUUUGUUGUUAGUUUUGUGAUUUUUUUCUUCUUAACUAUUGGAUCUGUGUUGAUUUUAAUAAAUGUUUUUUUAAUACAAUAAUGAAGAUUGGGUUUCUUUAGAAAAUUUCGUUUUUUUUUUUUUUUUAAAGGUGAUUAAACCGUAAAUCGAAUUUUCACCCCCUAAUUAUGGUAUUUCAAAUGUAAUCACCCCUAAUCACAAAAACUGUAAAUUUUACGAUAAAAAAUGGAUAAAACCGCUAUUUCGGGUCUAAUUAUCACGGGGAUAAAAGUGUAACUUUUACAAUAAAAAUGAGUAAAAUCAAUAUCUAGAUAAAACUACUAUUUUUCAAGUAGUGAUUUUUAAGGCAAACCUACUAAUUCAAGUAGUGGUAUUGCUCCAUGAGUCAUGAACUCAUGAUAAACAAGUUGUAAUUUUUUUUUGAAAUGUUAAUGUCACUCAUUUUUUUUUCCAGGAACACACAUUUCAUUUCAUUGCCUUGUUCUCCCGGCAAACAAAUAAUUCAAUUCCAUGGACAACCCACCAAAAAUCCCAUUCCCCGUCGACGGUGCCGAGAUAUCUGAGCUCGACGAUUUCCUUCUGCAGAAGAUCCUCUCCAAACUUCCGGCCAAAACCUUUGCAUCAGCCGCAUGCGUUAGCCGCAAUUGGAAUGGCAUUUGUAGUCGUAUUCUAGUUCGUCCCAAAUUAUCAUCUGUCUUCUCUUUGAAUACCAACCUUCCCGAAGCUGUGACAGAGGUGACUGACAAGGUUCUUUCUGAGCCAAUUCGACCUCAUUUUGCAAUUCUCUCGAUUUGUCCUAAUUUUGAUAUCGAUGAAGCUCAUAAACUUAUUACUGAGAAAUUGGGUUCUACAAUCCCGAUUGUUACAUGUGAUGUUAAUGGGAUCAUUGGAAGGGAUGCGGAAACUGACUGUUUAAGCGAGGUGAGGUUCCCAUAUUUUGAUGAUGAGGAUCAUUGUCCUCUGCAUAAUGGGGGUAUUUCAUUAACAAUUGGAUAUUUUCCCAGCCUUAAAGUUGGUAUCAUCUCACUUCCAAAAGCAAAAAAGGGAGGCAGUAUUGACAAGUUUGUCAUGGACCUGAGGGGUUUUUCAGCUUCUGUAUCAGGUCUCACAUCCCCUGAGGCAAUCAUAAUGUUUGGAGAUUCACGAGCUCAUAUGAAACCUGUUCUCGAAAAGUUGGAUUACGCGUUGUCUCAAAAAACUGUCUUUGCUGGAAAUGAAAUCUGCAGUUUCAGGCAUUCGAGCAUUGAUACAGAAAUCAUUUCAACACAUCGAGGACAGGGAUCAUCUUAUGAUGCUGUUGCUCUUGUUUUUGCAAUGAAGAGAACUACAUUUGGUGGUCAAGGGAAAAUUGAAUUCCAUUUUGCAGUAGGAGCCGGAGUUACUGCCGUGGGCACAACAUAUCAAGUGGUUUCUGCUAAAAUGAGGACCCCUGACUUUACUACAUGGUUGACUGCCAAACGAGAGGGAGAAAAUGAGAUUCUUGAUGGUGAAGGAUUGCUACAUGAUUUUGAAAUGGAGAUGGGCGAUCCAGUUCCGAAUUAUGAUCUGCACAUUGGGAUAAGAAAAAGAAGAAAAUAUUCCAUUGGCUCAGAGCAGGCUAGAUAUGUGAAGACUGUGGCCUAUCAUCCUGUUCAAGAGGGAGAUGAGCAGUACCUGUAUGUUGGCGGUUUGGAUAUUAAGACUGGUGAUACAUUUCGUUUUUAUAUUCCUGAUAGAGAAUAUGCAUUGGAUUCAUGUGCCACUGUAUCUGAAAACUUUGGAAAGCUAAAGGACAAGGAUAUCAUCGGAGGUUUAGUCUUUUCUUGCUGUGGCCGUGGUGAAUUUUUUUUUGAGAAGCCAAAUGUUGAUAGCUCCCCAUUCUUGGAUAAUUUUCCUAAUAUUCCGUUGGCAGGAAUGUUUUGUGGUACAGAAAUUGGACGUGGUUUCCCCAAUUUAGGGCAAGAAGAAGCUUCUGAAAGUCUCUUGCAUGCCUAUAGUUCUAUCUACCUACUUCUGUCUUACAUUCCGCCUACUCCUAGUUCAUAGAAUGCUAACGGAGAACCUCUCCGUGCUUGCUUAAAGAGGGUCUUGUAUGCAAAGCAAAUGACAACUAUUGAGAAAGCUCUGUCUGUUUUGUUUGUACCCUGAUAGAAUAUGUAUAACUGCUUUAAUUUCAUGCUGGUGAUUGUUCUUUACAACAUUACUCCGAGUUAUUUGCUAGUAAAACUUGAAAUAUAUUUGUCUUA